UACUUCCAUUUUCUUGAUUUAGUGCUAGGGUUUGUGGGAGAGAAUCCAAUUCCAACCCAAAAUUUCAUAUAAUUCUGGAGUGGUGGAAUUCCAAACUUUUUGUUUUCAGGGUUCAGGGAAUUCGAAAGCUUCGAUUUGAUUUUUAGGGAUGAAGAAAUCGAAUGAUAAAUUCGUUUCAUUGAGUAAACAAAGAUCAGUACUAGUUUUAUUCUGUAUAGGGUUUGUAUAUUUACUGUUAAUGAGUUUAGAAAUUCCAUUGUUUCUCAAAACAGCAACUAGUUUAUCUUCAUUACCAUCUGAGCUGAAUAAUAAUAUUAAUGGAUUUCUUCCAUUUCAGCUUGACAGUGAAGAAGAAUUACAAAACAAAGAAUCCCCAAUUAAACCUAAAGAUCAUAUUCCCUUUAGGGUUGCUCAAAAAACAUCUUUUCACCUAAUUCAACAGCAGCAGCAGCCAAAGAGAAAGUUGAAGAAUGAAUAUAAAACAAUAUCAGGUUUGAUUUUUCAAGAGAAUUCUUUCAAUACUAGUGGUGGUAAAGAUGGGUUUUCAGAGUUACAGAAAUCUGCAAAACAUGCAUGGGAAGUAGGGAGGAAGUUCUGGGAAGAGGUUGAAUCAGGGAAAAUUGAGGAGAAUAUUGGAUUAGAAAAGAAGAAUAGAUCCGAAUUAUCAUCAUGCCCACAUUCAAUUACACUAACAGGAAGUGAAUUUGGGGAAAAGGGUAAGCUGUUGGUGUUACCAUGUGGGUUAACAUUAGGAUCACAUAUUACACUUGUGGGUAGACCAUAUGAUGCUCAUUCUGAACAUAACCCAAAGAUUGCACUUGUCAAAGAUGGGUCUGAUUCUGUGUUGGUUUCACAGUUUAUGAUGGAAUUAAAAGGUUUGAAAACUGUGGAUGGGGAAGAUCCACCUAGGAUUUUGCAUUUUAAUCCUAGGCUUAAAGGAGAUUGGAGUGGUAAACCUGUAAUUGAGCAGAAUACUUGUUAUAGGAUGCAAUGGAAUACUGCUCUUAGGUGUGAAGGUUGGAAAUCAAAAGCUGAUGAAGAAACUGUUGAUGGGCAGGUUAAGUGUGAGAAGUGGAUUCGAGAUGACGGCAAUCGAUCAGAGGAAUCAAAGGCGAAAUGGUGGUUAAAUAGGUUGAUUGGUCGAACAAAGAAGGUUACUGUUGAUUGGGCAUUCCCAUUUGAAGAGAAGAAGUUGUUUGUGCUUACCCUUAGUGCUGGCUUAGAAGGUUAUCAUGUCCAUGUUGACGGGAGGCAUGUAACCUCUUUCCCUUACCGCACCGGAUUUGUUCUUGAGGAUGCUACUGGUUUAUCACUGAAUGGGGAUAUUGAAGUGCAUUCCAUUUUUGCGGCUUCCUUACCAACAUCGCAUCCAAGUUUUGAACCACAGAGGCAUCUAGAGAUGUCUAGUGCUUGGCAAGCCCCACCUCUUCCUGAUGGACCCGUGGAACUUUUCAUUGGUAUCCUUUCUGCUGGAAACCAUUUCGCAGAGAGGAUGGCUGUGAGGAAGUCAUGGAUGCAGUCUAAACUGAUCAAAUCAGCAGAUGUGGUUGCUCGGUUCUUUGUAGCACUGAAUGGAAGAAAGGAAGUGAAUGUAGAGCUAAAGAAAGAAGCAGAAUUCUUUGGUGAUAUUGUCAUUGUCCCCUUUAUGGACAGUUAUGACCUUGUCGUUUUGAAGACUGUUGCAAUUUGUGAAUAUGGGGUUCGUGAAGUUUCUGCAAAAUAUGUUAUGAAGUGCGACGAUGAUACAUUUGUAAGGGUGGAUGCAGUACUCAAAGAGGCAAAGAAAGUGCCCGAGAAUAAGAGCCUCUAUGUGGGUAACAUGAAUUAUUUCCACAAGCCUUUGCGUGAUGGUAAAUGGGCAGUGACUUAUGAGGAAUGGCCAGAAGAAGCAUAUCCAGCAUACGCAAAUGGACCAGGCUACAUAGUGUCAUCUGACAUUGCACAAUUCAUCGUAUCUGAUUUUGAGAAACACAAGCUAAGACUCUUCAAGAUGGAAGAUGUGAGCAUGGGAAUGUGGGUGGAAGAGUUCAGCAACAAGAUCCAGGUGGAAUAUCGACAUAGCCUGAGGUUUUGUCAGUUUGGAUGUAUCGAAGAUUAUUUGACAUCACAUUAUCAAUCACCAAGACAGAUGAUAUGCAUGUGGGAGAAGUUACAGAAGAAGGGAAAACCUCAGUGCUGCAACAUGAGAUGACAACAACGGACCUUCGUAUUCAUAGAGAGAUAGGAGACAUAAUUUUACAUGGAUAUAGCGAGUCUUGUUUGGGCCGUUUUAGCGGUAGUCUGUACAUUUUCCCUUUCACUUGUAGUAUUAUGGGGAAGAAGUGGACACUAAAAGAAUUACUAAUUCAGUAACCAUUUUUUGAUAUCGUUUAUGCAAAGCGAUUUUAUUAAAUAAAAACCCCGGUUUUUCAAAA